UAAAGGCAAAUAUUAUAUGAUUAAGGCUUUUGGAUUUAUCUUCUAAAUCCAAUUAACGCUAAUGACUCAUCUAAUUAAUUACAUCCUCACAUGCACAUUACAAAUCAGACAACGACCCUGCAUGUGUCCACGUUUUAAUUAUUAUUUCCUCUUCAAUUUAAUUUAUUAAUAAUUAAUAAUUAAUUUAAAUUUUAGGACAGGACGACCAUCAAUCUCUGACACAAAUGAAAAACACCCUCCUCCUCCGCUGCCAAAAGCUGCAGAGUUUCCGACAUCUUCUUUUUAUCUCCGCCGUGAUGUCCACCGCCGACCGCCGUAGCAGACAGCACAAACUUUCAGAAUAACACGUCAAUUUGUCAGAGGCUGACUGGGCCGACGGGUACCCCCAGGGUGAGACACUGCCAGAACAAGCUCUUACACCUCAGCCCUCCACCACCGAAAAUUUGAAGGCAUCAAGAGAAUAGUAAUAUGAUGGAGUGGGAGAAGGCGGAGCAGCAAAAUCCUUACCAUCACCAGAACCCUCCGCUUCACCUCACCGGAACCACCACCGCCGCCGCCGCCGGCGCUCUCUACGUCAAAGUCAUGACCGAUGACCAAUUGGAGACUCUUCGCAAGCAAAUUGCUGUCUACGCCACCAUUUGCGAGCAGCUUGUUGAGAUGCACAAGACCCUCACUGCUCACCACGAUCUUACAGGAAUGAGAUUGGGUAAUAUGUACUGUGAGCCAUUGAUGACAUCUUCCGGCCACAAAAUUACUUCUAGGCAGCGAUGGACUCCGACGCCCGUGCAACUUCAGAUCUUGGAGCGUAUAUUCGAGCAAGGGAAUGGAACUCCUAGCAAGCAAAAGAUCAAAGAGAUAACCUCUGAACUGGGUCAGCAUGGCCAAAUUUCUGAAUCAAAUGUCUAUAACUGGUUCCAAAACAGGCGCGCUCGAUCGAAGAGGAAGCAGCAGAAUACGGCACCCGCCUAUGCCGAAUCAGAAGUGGAGACCGACGUCGAGUCACCAAAAGAUAAGAAAACAAGACCUGUGGAUUUUCAAUCCCUUCAGACUUCUGCACCCUUGGGGGAGGACAUGUGCUUCCAGAGUCCUGAUCAGAUGAGUUCUGAACUGCAUUUUCUGGAUCCAAACACCAACAAAGCUGAUGCUACGUUUCCAUCCAAUGGAAGUUUAAAACCCGCGAGAAGUUUCAGCCAGAUGUCUUUCUAUGAGGCAGGGAACGAGCAGCUAACGGGGAAGAUAGAAACGCCGGAGAACUAUAGUCUUUACCAGCAUGCAGAAGGCUACAGCAUGAGCGAACGACCCUGAAUUCUUUUACAGUUAACACGAAGCUGCUGGACUUCUGGCUCUCAUGUGAUUGCAUUCAGUCUAAUAGCGAUAGCGAUGGCGAUGACGAACGAUAAACUGACUUGUGUGCUAUUUAUCUUGUCAUGGAUUGUGGGAGUUGUUCAGUUUUGAGCAGUGUAUUUUGGUUGGAUUGUAUAUUUUGAUGAGAGUGGAUUGGUAGAUUGAGCCAUUACUCAAUAGGAGUGUUGUAUUUGUACAAGAAAGUGUUUGUAUUAAAAUUAAAUGGGGUGAGAUUGGUAAUUGAAUUGAUAUGAGAUUGGGGAAAGUCUUAGACAAGACAACCUCAUUCUCUUUUAGUAAUGCUUUACUUGCAAUUACCAAUAAAUGCUUGCUUUGCUAAUGCCA